AUGGCCAACAUUCAACCUAAUCAGCAGCCUGAAAUUCGCCCUCCUGUUCCCCAAAAUUUUCGUCCAGGAGUACCAGUAGACCAUGCAGGACAGCCGAUCGCGCAGAGUGUGGGUCGCCCACCGACUUCUCCCGCUUUUGGACCUGGUAUGGUACCAACUAAUUCGCCUGGCCAUGCCGGCUAUCCUCGCCCCCCCGUUUCUCCUGCUUUCAGACCUGGUAUGGUGCCACCCUCUUCACCUGGUCGUCCUGGGUAUCCCACCCAGCAAUCAGGUGUACCUCAGGCGAAUUAUCAACCGGGUUUGGUAUCCACUGCUCUAACACCACCUCCAGAUACGCCCGCAUCAACUGCACCUGUCCAGCGUGUUCCGUCUCCGCCAGCUAAUACCCAUAAACAAAAACGGGUAUAUCCGAAGCAGAUUGGACAAGCCUACAGUGAAUCCGCUCCAUAUGAUCCUAUGCAUCAGACAUAUACACCAGCAGCUCCACAAUUCUUUACUCCCGCAGCCGCUAAUACAUUAGGAACGCCAAUGUCGGCAUAUUCUCAGGCCUAUGUGCAGCCAGCUGUAGCCCCAGCACCCAAUGUCGCUGGAAUGGCAAAUCAAUUUGGACAAAUGAAUAUGACCGGGCAGCAUUCGUCCCCGUUAAUUCCUGUUCAUCUCAUUGGCACCCAACCGGAUGUGAACGCUCUGAAUGCACCGCCACCACCAAUUAACUUGCCUCCCAACGCAUCUGUUACUACGUCCGAUUAUGCCAAUUGUGACCCGUCUUACAAAAGAUGCACUUUGAACGCAAUACCUGCCACCUCGUCUCUCCUGAAUAAAUCUCGCUUACCAUUUGCUCUCGUCAUUACACCUUAUCGAAGUCUGAAAGAAGGCGACGAUACCGUUCCAGUUGUCACAGAUACAGUCAUUGCGAGAUGUCGAAGGUGUCGAACAUAUAUAAAUCCUUUCGUAAACUUUGUGGACGGUGGACAGAGGUGGCAGUGUAACCUAUGUUAUUUGCUCAAUGAAGUACCAAAUCAAUUUGAUUGGGAUAUACACGCGAAUAAUAAAGCUGACAGAUGGAAACGAUCAGAAAUCAAUUACGCCGUUGUGGAAUUUGUUGCACCCACAGAAUAUAUGGUUCGACCGCCUCAGCCACCUGUUUACGUAUUCGUCAUAGAUGUGUCAUAUCCAGCUGUCCAAUCAGGUGCAGUUGCCACCGCCGCAAGAACUAUUCUGGAAUCCUUGGACCGCCUACCAAAUGAGGAUAACCGUACGAAGAUUGCAAUUAUUACUGUAGACGUAGCGCUACACUUUUAUAGUAUUCCGUCUUCCUCAUCCGAACCUCAGAUGCUCGUCGUAUCUGACCUCGAUGACGUGUUCCUACCACAACCAGAUGAUUUGCUAGUCAAUCUAUUCGAAGCGCGUGAUGCCUUGGAAUCGUUACUGAGACGACUGGGAGAUAUGUUCAAAAAUACUCAGGUCGUUGGAAAUGCAUUAGGACCAGCACUAUUGGCUGCAUAUAAACUAAUAUCGCCAAUCGGAGGGAAAAUUACUGUAAUUCAAUCAAGUUUGCCUAAUGUAAACCCAGGGGCAUUAAAGCCACGAGAAGACCCAAAGGCGUUGGGAACUCCAAAGGAAUCACAACUAUUACAGCCUGCUGAUUCAUUCUACAAGACGUUUGCUGUGGAUUGCUCCCGUGUGCAAAUUUCUGUCGACAUGUUCUUACUCGGCUCACAGUAUUCCGACGUAGCUACACUGAGUUCUUGUCCGCGGUACAUUGGUGGCCAGACAUAUUUCUAUCCAGCUUUUAACGCAAGUCGAUCAGAAGACGCUUUGAAAUUUGCUCAUGAAUUUGCAGAGUAUUUAGCAAGUCCUAUCGGAUUAGAAGCUGUGGUGCGUGUCAGAGCGUCAAAAGGUAUCCGUCUGAAUGCAUUCCACGGCAAUUUCUUCAUCCGACAAACAGACUUGCUGGGUUUACCGACAGUAUCACGAGAUCAUUCGUAUGUCAUUGAAAUGGCAAUUGAAGAAAACCUAACUAAUCCAUUCGCUUGCUUUCAGACCGCCUUGUUACACACAACAUGUUACGGUGAAAGGCGUAUCCGUGUAUUAACGUUAUGUCUACCAGUAACAAAUAGCAUGAGUGAACUUUUUGCAUCAGCAGAUCAGAUCGCCAUUGCAAGUUAUUUGGCUAAUAAGGCGGUAGAGAGUUCUCUCACGGCGAAACUGGAGGAUGCUAGAGAAAAGUUGACGAAUAAGACCAUAGAUAUAUUGGGCGCUUACAAGUCACAAUUGACUUCAACCCAGAGCGGUGCUUCUCCACAAUUACAAAUCUGUGAUAAUUUAAAACUAUUACCUUUGUUAAGUCUUGCAUUAUUAAAACAUGUUGGUCUUCGUCAAAGCUCGCAGAUUCCGACGGAUCUUCGAGCUUAUGCUAUGUGUCUUCUAAGAACAAUGCCAUCACAAUUAUUGAUACCUUAUUUAUACCCAUGCUUCUAUUCUCUACAUAAUAUGCCACCAGAGGUAGGAACGUAUGGUCCCGACGGCAUUAUCAUGCCACUAUCGAUGAACCUGACAAUUGAAAAACUGGAAAGACAUGGAUGUUAUAUGCUGGAAGACGGCCAGAACAUCUUUAUCUGGUUUGGGCGGGAAGUAUCUCCACAGUUAUGUAUAGAUCUACUGGGCGUGGCUUCGUACGAUGCUAUUCGUGGCGGCAAGAAUACCUUACCCGUGCUUGAAACCGAUUUCUCACAAAAGAUAAACGCAAUAAUUGGCAAAACACGCGAAUCAAGACGAGGGAUAUACUAUCCACAACUAUACAUAGUCAAAGAGGAUGGUGAUCCUGCUUUGAGGUUGUGGUUCCUAUCACAUAUUAUAGAGGAUCGUACUGAUACAGUUAUGAGUUAUUAUCAAUGGUUGGCUUUGCUCAAAGAUAAGGUUAAUGCAGGGUCAUUCUAG